CAGUCGGCCACCGACAGCUGAUGGGAUUAAGUGUAGUUUUUAGUGAACACUGUUUAGAGAACUGUAUCGGACAGGUUGGAGGAAACGAAAGGAAGAAAAUUAUCUGAUAACAAUCUCACUAUUCUCUCUCUCUCUUCCAAAUAUCAGCAGACGAAGCGACACUUUAUACCGUUUUUUUAAAAAUUGUUUUAAUAGUUCUUCAAUAGUUUUAUGAUAAAUUUUUUUUAUUUUACUACUUCGUUACUAUGCGGAUGUAAAAUACUAUCAACUAGAACAACAACAACAACAACUAAAAGGGAAAAUAAAAGAGGAGAAUAUAAAGUUUUACUUUUAUAGAGAAUAAAAGAAAAGCUACCCAUAAAAAGGGAGAUUUUCAACAAUUAAUAGAAGAUAAAAAAGAAAGAGGAGAAGAAGGAGUAGAAGGAAGAAGGAAGAAGUAAAAAAUAAUAAAAAUAACAACAAACAAAAUUAUAAAAAACAAUAAAUGGCGAGGAUAGUACAAAUUUUUUGGGCUGUUUGCGCAUGCGUUCUAAUUAGGCCUAAUUUCUGCCUGAACGAACAGAAGUAUGGUCUUUGUAAUCAAAAUAUGGGAUUAGAAAAUAUGCGUAUUCCUGAUGAUGCUAUAACAGCCAGCUCCUACAAUAGUUCAGCAACGAUUCCUCAACACGUCAGAAAAACCCUUAGAGGAGGCGAUCCUCAAGCGUGGUGCCCUAAGGGUGAGACAAAGCCGGAUUCGAACGAAUGGUUGCAGGUGGAUUUAAGGGGAUUAUAUUCCAUAACAUAUGUGGAAACAUUGGGAAGAAUGAAAGAUGGGAGCUCUCAAUUCUUCUCACCUCUACUUCGACUAGCCUAUAAACGUGAGGAAGAAGGUCCAUGGAUAUUCUACAAAAACAAGACGGGUGGCACUCAUAUAAGAGGAAAUCGGAAUGCCUACGAAUACCACGUCUUAAAGAUUAAUCCAGUUAUUAUAGCUCGUAAGUUACGCUUCUAUCCCACCGUGGCGGAGGGUAGCAAGAAAACUUGCUUGAGAAUUGAAUUAUAUGGUUGUAACUGGACUCAGAAUAUUGUUUGGUAUAGUGCUCCACAAGGUCACAGAAGAAACAAGCACCAUUUAGCUUACACAGACCACAUUUACGAUGGAACUGUUACCGAAACGUAUUUGUCCGGUGGAUUAGGACUACUGACAGACGAUCAUUACCCGAAGGGUCAAAAUCUAAGGCACAAAGAGGCGAAUGAAUGGUUAGGGUGGAGAAUGAAAUCUCGGGAAAUUCCAGUUGAAAUAACGUUUAAAUUUGAAACUGUACGAAAUUUUACAAAUGUAGAGUUUUUUGCGAGUAAUGAUUUUCAGAGGAGCGUUAAGAUGUUUAGUGUAGCUAAAAUCUUCUUCUCUAUUGGUGGCUUAUAUUACACAAAAAAACCCAUUAUCUACCAAAAUGCCCAGGAUGAAGACAUCACUUUCGCACGAAAAAUACCCAUACAGCUAUAUAACAGUAUUGGAAGAUAUGUAAAAUUUCAACUAUUCUUUGAAGAUAAAUGGAUACUCUUAGGCGAAGUUAAAUUCAGUUCUUUUGAAGCAGCUGGUACAUUUAAACCAGAAAAACCUCCUCUAACUGCCGAACCGAUAAUACCUCGUUUUACUCGGUCAACUCAGAAGACCGCUGUAAAGGACAAUGAACCGAAUAGGAUAAGAAACGAAUUUAAUUAUGAAUUUUCAUCAAUAUCCCCCUCUACACAUUUGCCAGGCUCUGCCGAAUUUAAGCAAGAGUAUGUGGGAAUCGUUAGCGGAAUCGUCGUUGCGAAAAUUUUCAUUGUUCUUCUCCUCGUUAUAGUCAUUUAUUAUAGAAGACGAAGAAAAAAAUAUAGUAGGCAACCAAGCCCAGUUUCUUCUACGAAACCAUUAGCACCUCCUACAGACUUAAUGAAUGGUAUGAAUAAAUUACCUUAUAAUACUUUGGCAACGUCUGAUGUUGAAAGUGAAAAGGAGCAUUGCCUAUACUCAGAACCAGAGAUAGUUUUUAUGCAGAGACAACAUUUGCCGUAUUUUAAUAUUAGUGCUAAACCUCCUCCAUCUCCUCCGCCUUUCCCAAAACAUUUUAAUAUUUGUGAGAGAAAUCGUCAACUAGUUGAACUGGAACGAGAUAACUUAAAAUUCCUCGAAAAACUAGGGGGAGGUCAAUUCGGGGAAGUUCACCUUUGUGAGGUUAUUAACAAGGAUUGCCUAAAUACAGAAUUUCAUACAGAAGAGGAAAAAUUUCUAGUUGCCGUUAAAACAUUGAAUGAACAUGCGGAUGAAACAGCUAGAAAAGAUUUCCAAAGGGAGUUGGCCGUUAUGGCGAGAUUAAAGGAUCCAAAUGUAGUUCAAGUAGUUGGCGUCAUAACAAAAGAGGAGCCUAUGUGCGUUGCAACAGAAUAUAUGAUUCAUGGAGAUAUGAAUCAAUUCCUCAGGCAACGCGUUCUGGAUACUGCUGGUACAAUUGCCAGAAAGGGAAAGAAGCAAUUAUCAUACGGCUGCUUAAUAUAUAUGUCAACUCAAGUUGCUUCCGGAAUGAAAUAUUUGGAAUCUUUAAGUUUAGUACAUAGAGACCUAGCUUGUAGGAAUUGUUUGGUUGGAAGGCAUUAUUCAGUAAAAAUUUCUGAUUUUGGAAUGUCUCGGAAUUUAUAUUCGGGAGAUUAUUACCGUAUUGAGGGAAAGGCCGUCUUACCCAUCAGAUGGAUGGCUUGGGAAAGUAUUCUCUUGGGAAAAUUCUCCUCUAAAAGUGAUGUUUGGUCAAUGGGUGUAACUCUUUGGGAAAUGUUGACUUUUGCAAAAGAACAACCAUUUACAAACAUGACAGACGAAGAAGUAAUUGAAAAUUGCGGACACUUCUAUAGAGGAGACGGACAGGAACAAUAUCUUCCGCAACCUUCUCUUUGUCCCAGGGAAAUUUAUGACUUAAUGAGAGAAUGCUGGAAUAAAGACGAAGUAAAUAGACCUUCCUUUUCGGAAAUUCAUAUGUUUUUACAUAGAAAAAACAUGGGCUAUAGACCGAGAGAAGACGAAUACCCAUUAUAAAUGCUUAUUCUUAUUAAUUACAAUGUAUAUAAGGAUGAAAAUUAUAUUCAUAUAUACAUGAUCUUUAAAUUCAAAACUUAAUUUCUCUCUUCUUUGCUUUGGAUAUGACAGUUUGUUUGUUGUUGGAGAGAAAAGAUUUUUUCUCUGAAAAACUUGUAUAUUAGUAUAUAAAAGAAAUAUAACUUUGUUUACAUUAAACUAUUUUACAAUAAUUAUCCAUACAAAACAAUAUCUUUUAUUGUAUUAAAACUAUAUGUAAAACAAUACAAAUUAUCAAUGUUUACAUACAAUUUUCCAAAUGUCCAUAUA